GUGUCAUUUCCCUUCUGUCACUGAGCAAAGUCGCUCCCAGGUUGCUGUUACCGGUCUCUUCUGGGCUCCUCCCAAGCUCCCAAUAAGUCACUCAGUCUGGGCCGCACCUGGGCUGGUGCCAGCCGUUACCCAGUGACCUCUGACCCCUGGUGUGAUUCUGGGCUCUGGGAGGGCCAGUCCCCGGCCAUGGAGCUAGGCAGCUGCUUUAAGACCUACGAGGACUUCAAGGAGUGUUUCAGCGCCUACAAAAAGGAGACCAGGUGCUCCUUCAUUGUCAGGGACUGCGUCUCCGUCCGCUUCCAUAACCUCAACAACGGCACCUCUUUCCGCGAGGAUAUCCUAUAUGUGCAGGUGAAAUUUGUCUGUAUUCGGACGCAGUCAAACAGGAAGAGAACACAGAAGGUGGACAGGUGUCCAGCGUACCUGCUCCUGCAGUACAACGAGAGACUAGAUAGACUGUUUAUCAGUGAGCUGAACACCCAGCACAUCCAUGCCGACUCCAGUGCUGCUGGAGGAGUCCCUACUAGCAAACUUCAGAAGGCAAUGUGUCUGCACAAACUCCAGCCAGUGCAGCUCAGCACCAAGAAAGACCUUGAUACAGCAGAGAAGCCCCCAGUAGAGCCAUCUUUUUGCCUAGAUAAGAUACACAAGCCCUCAAAUCCAGAGCAGGAGGGCAUCAGCCCUUCUGAUAUGGCCAAGAUAGCAAAAGUGAUGAAGAACUUCCUUACCGUGGACGAGGGCUCAAUGGCCUCCUUCAGUGUGGGUACCAGUCAAGACCUAGACCGACUCAGCUUCCAGAGCAGCAAGAUGAGUGACCUGUUCACCCGAUUCCCAGAGACUCUCUUGCUGCACCGAGUGGAAAACAGCCAGGGCCAUAUUCUGUAUGCUUUCUUGGUGGAGAACAAGGAGCGAGAGAGUCGAGUGGUGCAUUUCGCUGUGCUCAAGGCGGAGACAGCGCCCUCUGUGGCCAAGAUGCUCAGUAUCUUUACAGAGUUCAACUCUGAUUGGCCAAAGGUCAAGAUGGUUUUUGUGGACCCUUCAUUCCCUUACCGAGCUAUUCUACAGGAGAUUUUUCCCUCUGCCCGCACCCUCCUCUCUAUCUACCACACAACUCGUCUCUUGGAGAAGAAGUUACACCAGAGUUCAGUAAACGCAUCUUUUAAAAGGCUCAUGAAAGAAGCUCUGCGGGAGGCUGUGUUUGUCUCUUCUGAUGCAAGCCUAAAAAAUCUCUGUGAGAUGUCCCAAGCCCUCCUGGAUGAGGAACUCUUCCAUUUCCUCCAGACCCACUGGUUCUCCUGUGAACUGCUGUGGUACAUGCACGUGAGGAAGGGCCUGCAUGCAUGUAACACCUACAUGGACAGCCUGGACAUAGUCACCAGCAAGGUGUCAAGCCUCUUUCGGGAGCAGCGGUCUCUGCUGGACUGUAUCCUUCACUUUGUGGAUUACAUAGACUUCUUUAAUACCAAAGGUCUGAAGAGCUUGCCCACAAAUUCUCCCAAGUUAAAGAGAACUCGGCUCCCAAGCACGCCUCCAAGGCCCAAGAAGCCUUUUAGUAUUUGUGGAGGGGGUGACGCCAGGCUCCCCGUGGAAGAAGUAGAAGAGGCAAAGCCAGACUCAGCACAGUCUCAAUUGCCACAGCCCCAGGAUCCGCCCUCCAAGGCUGGCAUGCUAGACAUCUUGCACCAGAGUGGCUCUGAGCUAGCCUACAAGUUGUGUCAUAAUGAGUGGGAGGUGGUGCAGAACUCCACCCACCUGGUAGAUGAGGCUGGCUCCUCAGUAGCUGUUCAGCUGCUAGAGAACUCACACCAGGUGAGCAAAGAUGGCUGUAGCUGCAGCUGUUCCUUUCAACAGUGCUACCAUCUGCCGUGCCGCCACAUUUUGGCUCUGCUGCACACUAGCCAGCGGCCAGUGGGGGAAGCCAUGGUGUGCUGCCGGUGGCAGAAGAAAUACCAGCACCUCCUUGACCCCAAUGGGGAGCUGCAAGACCGUGGAAUAAUCCCAAACACAGAUCAGCCUGAAAAGCAAGGUCAGAACCACAUGAUUCAGGACCUAAGCAGGGAGCUGGCCAACCUGCUGAUGCAGACCGAGGGGCCAGAGCUGGAGGAGCGCUGCUCCACCCUGCGCAAGAUUGUGGACAUCUGGGCAGAGCCCUAUCAGCUGCCCGAGUCCAGUCAGCAGCCGGUCGACUUCAGAGAUGUGGGCUGCCUCCCUUUCCUCUGGGGAAAGCUAGAGGAAGGAGACAGCUUCCCUCUUGCUGAAGAAGCCAUGGUUCAUGAUUGAAAUGUUUGUACCAGUGAACUCCAUCUCCAAACCACCUUGGGACAGUUCAAAGUGUGAGCCAGGCUGUGGGUCAGUCUUUUUAUCAGUGUCUUCCUAGGUAAGGGCUAAGAAGAUCUUAAAACCAGGGGAGAGGGACUCCACUGUGAGUCCUUGACCCUGCCCCAUUUCAGCCCUGCCCUUGGCGUUCUACAGACACCUCAUUCAUUGUUCAAAGCCAAAGUUAUUCCAUACUGAAAGGUCAUGCUCCUUUCUUCCCAGCCUACAGAGAUGAACCCUUGCCCAGGUUAGGAUAAACAGAAUGGGCCUGGAAAGAAGCUUUGUUUUCAGAGACAGAGGGGAGGAGGGUAGCCCUUGAUUGUCGACUGUUGCUGCUCUUUAGAAAAUACCUGUUAUGUAUUUUUAUUCACACUAAUAAAGUCGUUUUGUUUUUGUUUUA